AUGGCUGCAUCUCAGCGGCCUGAGACGCCUUCGGACAUGCGUUUCUCUGCCAUUAAUCUGGAUGCCGUAAGCAAGACUAAUGGCCCUGAUGACUUCACCUUACAUCUGGACCAGUACAUGAAUGGCGAGAAACAAUGGCAGAGGCCUCGGCUAGACAUUUUUGAUGAGGACUUUAGCCUCGGCGAGCCCGAUGCUGAAUCAACGCCGCCGUCGCGAAGAAGUAGUGAUGCAAAGCAACCUUUACAAGACGCCCCUGUCCCUUUCUCGCCAGCCCGGAACGUCUCAGAAAAUCCGGCAAAUGAGGAAACCUUCGCCAGACUAUCAGCUUUACAUGCCGAGGUGGAGAAAAUGCGGGAAGAAGAAGAGGCGCGUUUGGCUAGGCAGCAGGACUUGGAACGAGAGAACGCAAAAUUCAGAUCAGAGAAUGAACAGGCUCAACGGCGCAUUGCGGAGCUCGAACAUUUACAGCAAAAGUCGGAUUCGAGAGGACACACAAGGAGAUCCAGCGACACUUCACUCAAGAUCGAAGUAGUAAAAGCAAAUGAGAGAAUCAAAGAUCUCACGCAACAACUGCGGGAGGAACAGAUCAAAGGCGAUGGCCUGGAAGCAGAACUCGAUGCAUUUAAAGAAGAUAGCUUGAGUGAGAUCGCACGUCUAGAAGAUGAAGUGCGAGAAGAGAGCAAUAAGUCCCUCGCUAUUGCCCAAGAGGCAGCUCAGCUUGCUGAAGAAAAAGAACGACAUGAGCAGUCCAUAAGGCGAUUAGAAGACGAAGCACAUGAAACAAAUGGCAUCAUUCAAUCAUUGAGAAGAGACGGAGGGUCGAUCAGCGCCGAGCUUGAUCAAAGCCGUGAGCAACUUCAGGAUACAAGGCGAAUCCUCGGAGAGGUAGAGAAGGACCAUGACCAGUUGGCAGAGAACUACAAGUCUCAAAAUGAAAAGCUUCGGCUCGUUCGAAUGGAGCUUCACGACAAGUGCGAAGAUUUAGAAGCUGCUCACAAAACUAUCGAGGAGCUCAGAGAGACGCAAGACUAUGGGCCGCAAGAGGAUACAGGCGCACAUGCGAUCGAGCUCCAUAAUCUAUCCAAGAAUCACGAGGAAACGAUCGCUUCACUGAAAACACAACAUGCUAAGGCAACUGACACUCUUCGUUCCUUGGUACAGAAGACGGUUCAAUCACGUAAAAGAGCAGAAGAAGAGACGAUGAAAGCCCAUACGGAACAAUUUACAACUCUACAACAGCGCGUCACGAGCCUUGAGCAGCAGCUUCACAUGCAACAGGAACCAUCAACGCAUAGCGCCGAAGAUGAGCUUCGCUCUGCCAUACGCGUCCUAUCCAAUAAGCUUACAAAGGCAAACACCGCUACCAAAGCCGCCCGCGCCGAAGCUGAGGAAUCCCGGCAAUACGCCGCGUCCAUAGAGGAAGCCAAUAACGACGUUAAUGCUGAGCUUGAGGCUCGCCUCCUAGAGAAGAUGGAGGCUAGAGAGCAAGAAUGGCACCGGAGAGCACAGCUACUAUUCAAGGAGCGAGACCGGAUGAGCAAAGCGCUGCUACAUAGCUGGGGAAGAGAGGAAGUUGGGACGAAGAAAGGAGAGAAGCAGGCGUACCGAUACAAGUACGCGAAGGGUCGAUCUUAG